AUGCGCAGGUCUAGCACCGAUGAGUCGACCUAUCACAGGAGCCCUUCCCUGGACAGCAAGGAUUACAGUUUCCCAAAUGGCGCCUUUCGUCGCUACAGCAGCAUGUAUGGUGGCCAGUUUGGGGCUGCCAGCAACUCUUUUUUUGGAUUCCACACCAACCCAGGCCCUAAGGCCACCAAGGCUAAGUACACGUCCCCCAAGGGAAACAAGUACGUUGUCUUUUACCUGGAUCUCUCGUUUAUUUUUCUCCUAGAACUGAAGAGGUGCAGCAUGGCUCACAACUGCCUGCAGUGUAUCAAGUACCUAAUGUUUGUCUUCAACCUUCUCUUCUGGUUGGGAGGCUGUGGAAUCCUUGGAGUAGGCAUCUGGCUGGCUGUUACCCAAGGGAACUUCGCCACCCUCUCCUCUUCUUUCCCAUCCCUGUCAGCUGCCAACCUGCUGAUCGUCACAGGGACAUUUGUCAUGAUCAUUGGCUUCGUGGGCUGCAUAGGCGCCAUCAAAGAAAACAAGUGCCUCCUGCUGAGUUUUUUUAUCAUGCUGUUAAUUAUAUUUCUGUUGGAGCUCACUGUUGUGAUUCUAUUCUUCGUCUACACCGACAAGAUUGACAAGUAUGCUCAGCGGGAUCUGAAGAAAGGGCUUCAUUUGUAUGGGACAGAUGGAAAUAUUGGCUUAACUAAUGCAUGGAGCAUCAUUCAAACAGAUUUCAGAUGCUGUGGAGUCUCCAACUACACUGACUGGUUUGAAGUGUACAAUACAACCCGGGUGCCGGACUCCUGCUGCUUAGAAUUCAGUGAGAACUGUGGACUCCAUUCCCCAGGGACCUGGUGGAAAGCGCCAUGCUACGAAACAGUGAAAAUAUGGCUCCAGGAAAACUUACUAGCAGUGGGAAUCUUUGGAUUGUGCACAGCUAUGGUGCAGAUUCUCGGACUCACCUUUGCAAUGACCAUGUAUUGUCAGGUAGUCAAGGCAGACACCUACUGUGCAUAGAUACCAUUCCCAAUCUUUCUGCUCCUCCUCCAAAGGACACAGGAGAAAUCUCCUUCAUGCUCAUUCAUCUGACUUCCCCCACCCCCCUUGUACUAUAAACUGUGUAUAAUGCUAUCUUUCUGAAGAUUUUGUGAAUCACCCCACUUUACUGAAGGAGAAAGAAAAGAAAAAGUCAGUACUUGAACUGGCACAGGUAAGAAGCUGCCUUGUCUUUAAACAGAAGAAAGCCUCCAAAGAGCAAUGGUUCCUUUUCCAUGGCCUACGGCAAGGCAAAGGAGGCUGCUUAUGAGGGGCUGAUCUGCAAACUGAUGUUAGGAAAAGAUUGCACUGAGGCAACCUCUGCAACACCUGCCAGGUUGCCUUCCCGCAUUUCACAGUCCAGAAGAGAGGGUGUAGAAAAUGAGUAUUCUUCAGCAUGGAAAGAAGGUACAGAGUAGCUAGCACCGAAGGCAAUUGUAAUUUCACUACAGUUUGCACAUAGCUAAAAUGUCAAGAUCAAGCAGCCCUGCCUCCAAGUGUCUCACGAUGAUUUUUGUAGCCAGGAGAUGAUCAACUUCAGAAAUAUGUUAUUUUAAAGGAGUAUUUUUAAUCUUACGCGCUGCAAAGUCAGGCUUUUAAUCAGAAUCUGUACAGUGAGAUCUGGCUGUUAAGGGAAAACAAUAUUGGACAUGGUCUCACUUAUUAAUUGCCAGUGGCAUAUAGAUGGUUGACUGUAUAUGUAAUAUAUAUUACAUUUAUUUACAUACUGUUCUGAAAGGAAGUGAAAAUACCCAGCACCUAACCUCAGAAGGAGGGAACCUUUCUAUCCCAUUCUACAUUCCAACUGAAAUAACCAAGUAUUAUUUCUUGUAGGAGGCACUAUCACUUAUACCUCUGGGAAACAAGUAAUUACUUUCAGCUGUAUCUUCAUUUCAGUAAACAACUUGUGAGUGGGCACUCUCUGUCAUUCUACUAUGGUUUUUAUUUUUUAUCAUCCCUGUCUCAAGUUAGUCUGCCAAAAAAUAUCACUCAUUUCCACACCUGAAGAUCUGUACAAAGCUGUCAGCUGUUCCUUCCCUGAAUGUCACCAUUUCAUUAAUUUACUUUGGGAUAUCAUCAUCUGCAGGUACAACAGAAUUUGCCUUGCUGAGGAAAAAAUCUUUUGCACAUUGCUCAUUUUUCUGAGAGUUAUUAAGACUUCAGAUGUUUUUAUGCCUAGCUUUUUUUUUUGCCCCAGCUGCGUGCUUACAACAGCCAAGACACAUCAGUCUUUGUUAGAAUGGAGUCACUUCCGAGUUCUGUUUUUCAGACCCAUCUUGCACUGCCUGGCUGUUGGCUGGAAUAUGCCCAAAGCUUUCUGGAAUUUGCAGAAAUCAAAAUCAUAACUUCCCUUAGCCGGAAAACCACCACCAGUUGUCCGAUUUCCCCUCCCUGCAUUGGUAACUGAAGUAAUUUAUGUAGUACCCUUCUGUACACACUUUCUAGUGAUGAGGUUAAGAAUCAGAUGUUUCCUAUUGUUCAAACAAACAAUUCCCCAUCAGCAAGCAGCCCCAGAUAAUGCACAUGUGACAGGGAGAAGCUGAAGCACUCCAGGGAAAGGACACAGCAGGGAACAGGCAAACAGAGCAAUGCAGCUGGCCUGCUCCCUGCAGUCAGCCUUUGAGGACCUCUCAGCCACCGACAAUAGACCAGAGAGACAACCACGGCGCCCUCUUUUCCCAGAAAGCUCAAUGCAGCCAUUCCUACUGUGACAGACUAGAAGCAUGCAUCAAGUUCAGGCAAAAAAAGUUACCCUGUACCUUUAGUGCUUACAACAGCAGGUCUCAGCUAUGAGUGGGAUUUUGCUUACUUUUAUUUAAAGGCAAUUUCCAGCAGUAAAGCUGGACUCACCAACCCACAGCCUAUUAAACAAUCUCCUUAACACCCAUAAGUAACCCUUUUCUGGACCUGUACCAUUGACAAAUACUACUCUCACUGCUUAGGUUUUGGGUUUUUUCCCUCUUCGCUGAUUUCCUGCAGUCUUCUCACCCUCAGGCCCAAACUACUCCAUGUUUUGUGGGGAAGUGCUUAGGACAGUGUGGUGUGUGAAAGAGCAAGUACCUUCCAAAAUCUUACGCCUCACCUUUAUGCAUCAACCUCUGUAGCACGGGGCAUUUAGCUGUGCAGGCUAAGAUGAAAGUAAUGUAUUACUUGUGUGCAUUUUACAUGGCUUCCCAAUCACGCACAGCAACCUCACCACCACUAAAGGAUUUUACUGCCAUGCUAACAAGCCUUGACAAAUGUUGACAGACCUCAACCCAAGACAGAGGUUAAACCGAGUGAGUAGCCCCCACACAGGCAUCCUGUACCCCAAGCAAGAGACUUACUCUUGGUGUUACAGUCAGCAGUCUCAAUGCUCUCUGCUUCCUGAGCCCAGGCUGACCUGCCAACAGUCCUGCUCUUUGAAAGAUGGUGUAAGUUUGUUCCUUCCCUUUCUCCACUCUGUUCCUUUCUUACCUGCAUAGACACAAUUCCAGGUUAGAUGUACCAUUAGUUCUUGCCAUUGUUGAUAGUUUGUACACACAGGUGCUCCUGCUGACAGCUCAGUUUCCAUCACUGAGAAGCAGCAUAACAGAGUGAUGAAUACAUUAAUAAAACAUUUAUUUUUAAGAAAGAUAAAAGGUAGACAAGUCUACCUACUUGCAGUGAUCCCUGCCAUUAAAAAUUAACACAGAGACAGCAGGCUGAUGAUGGCGCAGUUGGUAAGAGCAAACCAUUGUGCAACAGAGCUCCCACAGAGGGCAACUGUCACCAAUUUGCCUGAUGGUGGUGUAGGGAGAGAUCACAAACCCUCAUCCUGUGAGUCUUCCAAUAAUAUGUGCUGAGCUCUUAGAGAAGACUGUUAGACUUCAGCUAAACCUACAGAAGAAACAAAAUGAGAAACAGAGACUGAAGACAAGCCACGCUUUGUGGUUCCCUCUAAUAAUUUUCCAUAGUUUAGGUGUCUUUACAACAAGAUAAACUGCCUUGGUUUUCAAAAACAUGUAUCUGUACGGAGUAUAAGCAAUACUCACUUUGUAAAUCCCAGUCCCUGCAACAGAAACAUACAGCACUAACUGCUGAAAGAAAAAACAAACAAAACAAACAAAAAACCCAACAGACCACACAUUGCUGCUAAUAAUUCUUUUUUUAAACACUACCCUUACACUGCCAACUGAGAUGCUACUGCAACUUGUUUAUAAUUUGAACUGGACUAUUUUCUAUAUUUGACGUUAUUAACUCUCUUUACACAGGACAAACAGAUGUUAUGGUGCUUAAAGCAUUACUAGCACAAUCCAAUUCCAAACCUCUGAACAUACUGCAUAUAACAAGCUUCAGACUUAUCAUAUUUUCUUUUUAAAAGCAUUGCAUCCUUUCUCUGCUGAUGAGGUCAGAAUAUUUUGUGAUACAUAACAGCAACAAUCUUUUUUUUUAAAAAACAAAAAAAAAGAUAGUUCCAUAUUAUGCAUAAAACUUCCUGUUGAACUGGUUGAUUAUAAAUAAAUACCCUGUAGUACAUAAUACCCAUUUAAAAGGCUGCUUAUAUUGUAUGUAUGCAGAGCAACACAGAAGUCAUUCCAAUUGCUUCCAUUAGUGUUUUGUCACUUUUAGUAAAGUCUUUUAUAUUAUUUUCACUUAUCUUUAAAGAUGAAGGAGGACUCAAUACAUUUACAUUAAAGACAGAACCAAAGGCAACAAAGACAUUGAAGGAGAGCACUCCUAAUUUAUACUCAUUGCUCUUUCUGUGUAAUAACAAGAUGUGAAGGCACAGGGUGCAUGGCUGGACCUACUGAAUUCAGCAACAUCAGGAUUUAGCUUUUAGAUUCAGUCCAAUAUGCUUCUGGCUUUUCAUCCUGACAAUUAUAAUAAUAUAUAUACAUAUAUAUAUUUAAUCAAAUAUGGUUUAUUUUCCUGUACAGUAACUGUCAGUAGCAGCCAAAUCUUAUUGCUUGUACACCGGAAUUAUUUAGCUCCACAUCUUAUAGUGCACAAUCACUGAAAUUCACUCCAGUUCCUGUUCUACGAAUACUCCUUUGUUCCUCCCCCUCAAAUAAUAUAAACUUGCAAAGGUUUAUUCUUCCAUUUAAUAAUUACCAUUUGAAUGCAGCAUUGUAUGAUUUAUAAUAUGGAGAGGAAAGAACAGCACAGAAGCUGUAAAAAUAUUCUAUCUCACAUCAGCAAUACGGCUGCUAUGCAAAUCCACCCAAACCCCUCAGUUCUCACAAACUAAUUAAGAACUGGUUACAUCUUUCAGUGCACAUGGCUCCUGGCUGCCUCUUCCCCCAUUCAUAAAUAAGAAAGACAGGAGGUAGGUUGUUAGCAUGGAGAAAGUUGAAGCCAUUCACUUACCCCUUAGCUUCAUUGUUGUGCUAUAAAUGUGGCACCAAAGGUAAGCAACAGAAACCAGCAGUUGAUUGUGGCAUUUAUUUUAAAACCAGACUCUUUAUUAACUUUGUCUGCAAGGAUUCUUGCUAAGUGUGAAUGAUCUUCAUAGAUACCGACUUAGACAAUUCACAGUAAGAAAACAAGUCAGGACUCGCCAUGGGAAAUUUUGUUUGGAUUCCAUUGUGAAUUCUCCUAGAUUGUCACCAGUAUCUUACCACCAUGAGCACAUCUCAGUUCUUUGGAUUUUGUUGCUGCAACUACAAUGAUACAUUUUUGUGCAUUCAUAUAAAGAACAAAAUUUAAAAUAUACAUUUUAUUUUUUAAAAGUUAUUAAAUAUUCUUUAAAGUUUACAACAGAAUGUCUUUUGUAUUCUUUAUAAUAACUACACUACAAGCUAUACAGUGAGUAUAUACAUACCCAAAGAUGUGUGUGCGCAAGCGUGCGCACACACACAGUGUACACAAUAAAAAAAAAAAUA